AUGAAGGUGCCUUCGAGAAAGCGCCUAUAUCCAGUGCGAGCGCUUCUUCGACAUCAGUCGCUUGAAUGCCUCUUUUAUGGAGGUAAUUCACGUAGUGGCCCUCAUCGUGCGCGGCCUCCCGGUUUAGAUAGUGCAAGUGCGACACUUUGGGAUCUUUUGGAGCAAGGCCAAAUCUUUGAUCAUCUUACUUUUCUUAUACUGGACGAAUUUUCUUCCGUUCUGGCCUUCAAGGGCCUAAUAGCUCAACGUAGUAAUUUUACAGUGGAAACCAUCUUUUCAUUUACACGCGCCCGUUCUAGAUGUGUCAUGCCAGCAAGCUGGUGA